AUCGACGCAAAAUUUCCCCUCUUAUUCUCCAUCACUUCUAGGCCCUAACCGACCCAACAAGUUCCUGAAGUUCGAAAAAUUGGCCAACAUUCGGCUCGCAUUUCGCAGUGAUUGCAUCCCCGAAAGGUCUCUUUUUAUCGGGCCGCAAUGGACUGAAGUUCAUCCGAAUACACAUCAGCUAGUAAUAGUACGUCAGCUCCAGAAGGCACUUAGAAUAGAAGACACUCUCGGUCGACCAUUUCUCAUGUCUCAGGGCCAACAGAACCAAGAUGUUGAGGAAAUCGCAUGGGCAAUUCCCCGUUUUAGAUCUCUGUUCCCUUUCCCGAAGCACCCCGGGCGGUUCUGAUCAUAUAUUAAUUGACAUGCUGCUGGGAAUCCCUUCCCCCAGCACCUCAGCACGAGUCUUCGCUCACGACUUGGUGAAUGUCAGUCAUGACCUUGUCAACGUUUCUCUUCCUUCUUCUCGGCGUACAGUUGCAAACCUGCGUAAUAGCUCUGGAUCCCCGCGCUCUGUCGUGGAGUAGAGCGCUCCAUUUCGUCAGUCGACAAGAUUCUGACAUCCCACCGCAAUGCCAGACGCCGUGCUCUGCUGCUAUGGCCUUGGUCAGUGCGAAUUGUUCUCCAUCCGAAUGCUGCACGUCCUCCUUUGAAAACAACUAUGUGGCUUGCAUUGAAUGUGUUGGAACUGCGGCGAACAUUACGGACUAUUCCCAGUAUCAAACGGUUGUGGAUCAGUUGGUAGUCGAAUGCUCCAUUCAGGGUAUAGUAAUACCCGAAGUUACUUUUCCCGGUCAAAAUGCGAACAGGCCAUUGUCUACUUCGGCCAUAGCCUCAUCCACUUCAAACACAGUAUCCGGUACCAGCAGCGGCGGCAGCACGCCAAUUUCACAUUCAACGAUAUCAGAGACGUCGGUUAUCACAGCUACAUCCAGCAUUUCACGAAGCACAAUAACCUCCAGUGUGGGAGCAUCGUCGGCGUCUGUUACCGAGCGUUCGACUGCACCUGCAUCGACAAGCGCCGCAUCUGCAGCUUCAGGAACUGCUUCCGCGGCUUCAGGAACUACUUCUAUGGCUUCAGGAACUGCUAACUCGGCCGUGGCAAUGGAGAGCGAGAUGUUGUGGAUGAUGCCUGCCUUGGUUUCCUUUCUAUAUUCCUUGACGUAAAGCUUUGCUGAUCAGAGAAUCUGGCGUGGAAUGGGGCAGGCCUACGUGUUGAUUAUCGCCGAAGACAAUGAUUAUCAUCUAAUGUGCUAUUCUUCCUAUGCACGCUCUUAGGUAUUAGCAUGGCUUCCAAGUUCAACCAUGGUUACCACGCAGAAUGAAACCACUGGUAUCAGCUGCGGGCGGGGAUGCCGAGUCGUCGAGCUACUUCCUACCGUAAUUCCCGUUGACUCCGUCGUGCAAUCAUUUCUCUGCAAAGUCUACCAUAAAUUGAGCACCCACACGCGAAAGCUUACCGAACAGACUGUAGAUGUGAAGCAGACAUUGAUGCGGCUCGUUUGUACAAAC